AUGUCGCUCUCCUCCCAGACCGCAGCUCGAUGCUGCAGACAAAUCGUCCGCCCUUCUGCGUCCCUGCGCAUCUCUUCGUCCACAUAUCUCUCCCAGCGCCGGAGGACGCCCGCUCGGAGAUGGCAGUCUACCGAUGCUGGUGCUGCCACUGCCGCCCCUUCGAACCCGAAGAUUACGCAGAUCGUUGACCAGAUUAGCCAAUUGACCUUGUUGGAGACGGCUGACCUCGUCGCCAGCUUGAAGUCCCGUCUGAACAUCCCCGACCUGCCCGUUGGCGGCUUCGCCGUGGCCGGUGCUGGAGCUCCUGCAGCUGCCGCUGCUCCCGCCGCGGAGGAGGAGGAAGCUGCCCCUGCUGCCCAGGAGAAGACCCUGUUCAACCUCAAGCUCGAGUCCUUCGAUGCCGCCGCUAAGCCCAAGAUCAUCAAGGAGAUCAAGUCCAUGCUCGGUCUGUCUCUGGUUGACAGCAAGAAGUUCGUCGAGAGUGUCCCCAAGGUCAUGAAGGAGUCCGUUCCCAAGGAGGAGGCCGAGAAGAUCAUCGAGACCCUCAAGGGUCUCGGUGCUAAGGCUUCCAUGGAGUAA